GACUGGUCAUAUCUUCAGUCCCCACUGCCAGAGCUUUUGAGAAAUCAGAGACUUUUCCAUGCAAUAUUGAGAUUUUUGGAAGACUAUUGAGAAAGAUGAAUUGAUAUAGGGAUAAAUGGAAAACCUUAUGUUUAGGAUAGAAGAAAGAUCUAAUUUUCCAAGUGGGAUCUCUCAUGUGGAUGUGGGGUUAGAGAGAAGUUUGUAAAAAGAUCUGGGGGACCUAGAGAACACAAUCUUACUGUGAGUCAACAUUGUGAUGUGUUGACCAAUGAGCCCAAGAAAAUUUGGGUUGUACUGAAAGAGACAGAACUUCUAGGAAGGGUACAUGGACAUUCCUUUGUACUAGGUGCUGGUCAGCCCACAUCUGGAGUCUCAUGUUGGCGGCCUAACAUUUUGGAAAGUCAUUGCUAACUAGGAGCAUAUCUAGACCUGUGUGACUAGCUGAGGGAUGACUGUGUGACCAUGAUGAGGGACUCACAGACUAUGCUUUUUGAGAACUGGUUUUGUCACCUUCCCUCUAGGUGCCAGAAUACAUCCUUGGGAAUUGUUUUCCUCUCUUGCUUCUUUCUGCCUUUGGUAGUAUCUGAUGAUUUGUUAAAUCUAAUUAGUUCUCUCUCCUUAGCAUCUCUCAUUGCUGUGUAUAUUUCAAAAGGAAACAAAGAAAAAGAGGAAGAUACUAAUGAUUUCAUGGAGACAAUUGGAAAGAAUUGAAAUAUUUAAGAGAUAAGAUUGAUAAACAGGAAAAAGGGCAUGAUACUCAACCAAUGAUACUUGCCCCUCUCCAAGAAUCUAACUAUCUAUCCAUUACCUGCCAACACUGUGAGAAGGGUCACAAAAUAAUGGAGUAUAGAAAUUUAUUAAAGCUAAUCAGAAAUAAUAUGCAGUUUAAUAACAACUACAGAAAUAAUAAUUAUAGAAAUAACUAUAAUAACAAUAAUAGAAACCACAACUUUAGGAAUGAUAACAAUAGGAAUGGAAAUUGGGAAAAUGAUAACUCAAAUCAAAUGACCCCACAACAGGAUAUCUUAAGUGGAGUUCAUCCAAGAAAUAGUAAAGGUGUUACUGCCCCGCCACAUGGGCAGAAGGUUUAGAUUCUAUUGUUUUUUGUAGAUAUUAACCCUUUUCAGUUUUGCCUCUCCUCUACAUAGUAGCAAAGAAGGAAGAUAGAAGAAGAAAUGGAUUUUUGAAUACAGCACCCCUGUGAUUAUGAAAUAUACACAUUUUUAACAUUUUUGUUUUUCUUCCCUAUUGAUGGAUUUGUACUAUUUUGUUGCACUUUACUUGUGCCAUACAGUAUUUGAUUUUUUCUCUCAUUUUUUGCACCUGAAGCACAUGUCACCAGUAUUGACUGAUUGACUGUGUCCUAUCACAUGAAUUGGAGCAAUAAUCCAUAGACAAGUGGAUACUGUUUUUUGGGAACACAUUGAAUUUUAUUUUAUUAUUGCUUUUCUUUUAUUUUGAUUAGAAUAUUUGAUUUUUUCCCUUUUCUUAUUUAUUGUACUUAGGUACAUCAAUCAAUAUUAUUUUUUUAUUCUGCAGUAAUAUGAUAUAAGUUAAAAUAUAUAUACUUGUAAUACUAUAAAUGCAUACCCAAAUAGCUUUAUACUGUGGAAACCUGCCAUUCAUUGAUAAAUGUUAUGGGACUGCAAUUAAUGUUUGUGUCUGAUUCUAGGAAAUGGGAUCAAAAAAGGACCACAGACUUAACCUGAAUAGUGUCAAAAAGAGCACACAGGUCAAAAGAAAGAAACCAAUCCAGGUAGGAUUGAUGCACUUCUAAGCCAUUACAAAAGGACUUGAACCUAGUGUGAGACUUGAGGUUGCGAAGCUUGACAUAUGUUAAGAUAUAGGACUUCCUUGUAUCCACACUCUUUGUGAAAUACAGACAAGUACCAAAGUUUGGCUAUCAUCCUGGCUCCCCCUAUCCCUAAGAAUGACAAAAAAAUCAGACCAGGGAAUGACACUUCCCUAUCGUAUACAAAAAGCUGGUCCUUUUUCUCUCUUAUAGUAUGGCAACUUCCUGUAGACUUGGCUGCAAAUGGGUAAGUGAAAUAUUACCGCAUUCUGUCCUACAGACUUGUGGGAUGGAAAUUACUUGGACCCUAAUACAAGGGCCUAUUAUGAAUUUAUUCUUGUUUACUCAAAAUUUUAUAUACAUAGAUUUUGAUCUUUUGAUUCUGAUUUUGAUUUUUUUCUUUCUCCCAAAAAUUUAACUUUCUUCCAUUUUUUUUUUUAUGUUUUUGAGUUUUUUUCUCUUCUUUUGAUAGUUGACUCAUACACCCCCAUAACUCAACCCUGCAUCCAUUCUGAGCUGAACUUGGUGGUUCUCAAUACCCUCUUUGAUGGGGGAGGGGGUGGUUGCAUUUUCAUAAAAAUCCAAGAUUUAAAAUUUUUUUUUGUUCGAGAAAGAUCUUCAAGGAAAGAUGUUUGCUAACUCCUAAAAUCCAGAGAAUGAACUGUUUGCAGAAAGAUGCCUAAAAAACCUACACUACAUCAAGAAGAUCCAGAAUGAACUGUGGGUGUGGUUGAUUGAACUGAAGGUUGAUUGAAUAUUUAUUUGAAUGUAUACUCUUAUGCCAAAAGGGGAUUGCCCCCAAUUGGUUUUUGUCAAUGUACCCAGCAAACAUUGGUUUUGCUGUCCCUCUCUUCUAUUCCCCUCUUAUCUCUAAUUAUUGUAGUUUCCUCUUAGAAGGUGAUAUUUUUAUAUGCACCUGCAGUUAGUAGAUUUAGAGGUACAAGAUGAUUAUGUGUGUGCUAGCAAGUGACAAAUCAGAAACAACAACUGAAACCUUGGACUGUCCUAAGACAAGUUUAAGCCACCAUUGGCACAUGUGAGACACAGGAAGUGAUGUAAAGAAUUGCCUUUAUAUUUUGUGUCACUUCCUGUGAGGGGGACCUUUGUGGCUUUGGUGGACUUUGGCGGUGGAACUUGAUGGAGCUAUGAAGCGUGGGUCUUGAGACUGCUUCCCUUGGGUGACCAUGUGGUAUAUUAGGAAUGAUGGAUGGAACCAAUGAGAGCAUACAAGAUGAUUUUAUCCUGUUAGGUUUUUCAGACAGGCCACAGCUUGAGGUGGUCCUUUUUGUGGUCAUCUUGAUUGCCUAUCUCUUGACAGUAGUGGGUAACACAACCAUCAUCCUAUUGUGCCACAUUGACCCUCGCCUGAGCUCUCCAAUGUAUUUCUUCCUUACCCACCUCUCUUUCCUGGAUCUCUGCUUCACCACCAGCUCCAUCCCACAACUGCUAUAUAACCUGAAUGGACCUGAUAAAACCAUUAGCUACACAGGCUGUGCUUUUCAACUUUUUCUGUUCCUAGCUCUGGGUGGUGUAGAAUGUCUCCUGUUGGCUGUCAUGGCAUAUGACCGUUUUGUUGCUGUAUGCAAGCCUCUUCAUUACAUGGUUAUUAUGUACCCCAAACUCUGCUUGGGACUAGUGUCCAUAGCCUGGUUUGGUGGUGUGCUCAACUCCUUGACUAUGUCCCCUAUAACUCUGAAACUGCCCCGUUGUGGGCACAACAAGGUGGACCACUUCUUGUGUGAAAUGCCAGCACUGAUCCGGUUGGCCUGUGUAAACACUGCUAUCAUUGAGGGCACCGUAUUUGUACUGGCAGUGAUUAUAGUUUUGACACCUUUGGUUCUUAUUUUGGUCUCCUAUGGCUAUAUCACCCAGGCAGUGGUACAGAUCAAGUCAGCAGUAGGGCGAAGGAAGGCCAUCAACACCUGCAGUUCCCACCUCAUUGUAGUGUCUCUCUUUUAUGGGAAUAUUAUCUAUAUGUACAUGCAACCAGGGAACAAUGCCUCUCAGGACCAGGGCAAGUUUCUUACUCUCUUCUACAAUAUAGUGACUCCACUCUUCAACCCACUCAUCUAUACACUGAGAAACAAGGAAGUGAAGGGAGCACUGAGAAGGCUUCUGGGAGAGAAGAAAGGGAGAAGAGAAAAAUAACGUCAAACAAAUUUGUUGGACACUAAUAGCUUCUUCCACAACCCUUCACAGAGUCUGAACUCUGAAAAAAUGGGCAUCCAAGAUGGAAAUGUCACAUGUGCUCCUAAAAUCUCCACCUUCUUGCUUAGGGCUUUAUACUUUAGCAAUGCUUCCCUGAUUCUGUUUUUUGCUAUAUUGUUUAUAUUCACAAGAAUCACUUGAAUGUAAUUAGAUUAUUCUUUUGUAAUUUUUUUUGUUGUAGUUUUUGUCAUAUGCUUCAAGAAGACAGCAAAUAUCUCCAUACUCAUUGUUCCAACAAAUAGUUGUUUCAAUACCUUCACUACCCCAAAUCACCAAAGGCCAAAAACUUAACUCUUAUUCUUUUGAGCUCUACUUUCUUUUACAUAAUAGCAUAUUAUGUAAAAAUAUGCAAAUAGUGUGCUUAUAUAUCAUUCCUUAUAAGAUAUGCUUUCUUCUAUUUUGGAAGAUUUUCUACUUUCUUCCCUCCCUUGUUUUGGGUGUUCUUCUAAUCUCUGAAACACUACAGGACUAGAGAAGGGAAAGUGUCCUGAGUUUUGUUUUGUUUUUUGUUUUUGUUUUUUAUAAGAGAAGAAAAUGAAGCCUACAAACUGUAGACCAGCAAAUUUUACUUUGUUUUUUGGCUAAAUUGUCAUAAUUAAAAAGGUAGAAAAGGGUUAUAUAGAAAAGAAAAAAUGUGAUCACAAAGAGCCAUGGCUUCAUCAAAAAUGAGAUUAUGCUAGUAUAAAUAUUUAUUUUCUUGGGAGAAUUAUGAAGAAGGGUAAUGUGUUAGACAAAGUUUACCUAGAUUUGAAUGUAAGUUAUUCUUUAAAAAGAUUUAGUUCCCCCAGUUUUAUGCAUCCUUCAGACUCCAAAAAUACUGACAAAUGUGGGUUAGGGAAUACUACUAUGAAAUGGAAGCAGAAUACCUGAAGUUGUUCCAAUGUCACACCACAAGGCCGUCAUUUUUAAAAGUCACAAGAAUAGCAGCAGGAGAAAACUAGAGAUUAGAGAUGCUAGAAGCCAACAAGGAAUUCAAGAUAACAUAUAUCUCUUGUUUUGGUUAAU